AGAGGCGAGAAACCGAGACUCCAAACCCGCUGCCGUCGCCAUGGUCUACUGCGGCAAGCCCUCCAAGGGCUGCUCUCACUGCAGAGAGCGCAAGAUCCGAUGCGAUCAGAAGGAACCGGGAUGCGGCCAGUGCAUCAAGCGCCACAUCGAAUGCCCCGGCUACCGCAACAUGGUGGACCUCAUGUUCCGCGACGAGAGCCACGAUGUCAUCAAAAAGGCCACCUCGGCCAAGCCGCGCAUCAAGAAGCUGAAACAUGGCGGACGGGCCGCUCCGAAGCUAGCCACGCCUCAAAUCGCGCCACCACGCCCGCCGUCGCCAUCGUCGGCGGCGCUCGUCAUCCGCGAUAGUCCUCGGCCGCCCAAGGCCUUGGGGCCCUUGAUGCGUCGCUCCAAGAAGUCGCCUCUUCUGUCCGUCCUGCUGGCCGGCCCGUACGCCCGCAAAGAUGGCUUUGACGAGGACGACUGGGUCACCCAUACCUAUCCCUACGAGUAUCAACGCAUUGUUCGUCGCGGCCGUAGCGACGACGACUAUGACUAUGACGACGACGACGACUUCUUCGACUUGGACUUGGACGGUCCUGCUGGCGACGCCCUGGUCCAUAUCCCCUAUGCGCCAUCCAUCUCUCUCCAAGAGCGUGGCACCGCCUUCUUCUUCUCUCGCUAUGUGGCCACAGACCUCGGCUGCUAUCAAAACUACGACUUCAUCUACGACAUCUGGAAGCCCCCUACCAUGAGCCGGCCUCGCAGGUUCGAGAUUCCCCCUCAGGCUCCCCCUAUCAAGAGAUCAGAUGCCCUCAUCUCUGCCGGCAUGACGGCCGUUGGCUUAGUCGGUCUCUCCAAAAUCACUGGUGAUAGGGAGACCAUGUUGCGCGCCCAGCAGAGCUACGGCGCUGCUCUCCAGCUGGCCAAUGCCGCCCUCCGAGACCCAAAGGAAGCUGUAGAGGACAGCACCAUGCUGGGCGUUUUGAUCCUCGGCACAUAUGAAUUCAUCUCCGGACGCACCCCGCAAACGCUCCACGCUUGGCAGGAACACAUCAAUGGUGCUGCUACGCUCGCCACCCUGAGAGGCCAAGACCAGUUUCACACCAAAGCCGGCGUCAGAAUGUUCACCAUGCUGUGCCACUCUGUGCUCAUCAGCUGCAUCCAGAGCGGCCUGCCCAUGCCGAAAGCCAUUGUGGACCUGCGGAACGAACUGCGGAACGUCGCAGACAGUAAGCUGCCGGCAUGGCGUGUCAUUGAUCCCCUGUACAAGGCCCUUCAGAUUCGACACGACAUCAAGCAUAGGCGCAUCACGGGCAUGGACGACAUCAUUGGCAGUCUCGUUGAAAUCGAAGACGAGUUUGAAAUGCUCAUUCGGGGACUGCCGCCCUCUUGGCGUUACCAGAAUGUCAGUCUCACCAAGUCCAAUCCCGCCAUCAUGGGCCCUUCGUGCCACGUCUAUCCAGGCCUCACCCAGGCCACUUCCUGGAACGCGGUACGGACCAUGAGGAUACUGGUCCAGGAGACAAUACUGGAGCAGCUGUGCUACAGCGUAGAGGAUCCCACGACUCUCCCAAUGCACCAUCAGCUGCAUCUGGUCAAGGCAAUGAAGAUGCUGCGCAAGCUCGGCGAGGCUGUGGUCGGCAGCGUCCCUCAGCACUUUGGCAUCGUCAGCUCCCGGGACGUCAAGUACAAUAAGAAUAAAGGGGCAACUCGGCCUACCGUUACCGCCCAGAAUCAACCCUCGACCAUUGUGUCAGCGCCUCUCUUGCCGCCGGCCCCCGAGAGAGAUGACAGCAAAUCUCCCGUCCCUGCCUGGCAGCGAGAGAGUGCAACGACGCGACCGACGUUGCUGGAUCCGACGCAGUCAGAGCUGGGCAACGGCCGAAGCGACUCGGAACGGUUCUUGACUCUGGCUACGGCCAGCAACACCAUCAUCUGGCCCUUGUAUACGCUCGGCCUAUCGUCGUCUUGUACUCACGAGACGAGUGCCUACAUUGUCGAUAGACUCAUGUCAAUCUAUCGCGAGACGGGCUUGGAGCAGGCCAGAGUUGUCGCGGGCAUGAUGCAGAACAGGCAAGAGUCGUUGACCUGGGCCAGCAUCCCAACGACUCGUCUGCCGUCCUUGCCCGAAGAUGCAUUGCCUCUUGUUGUGUAAACUUUUUCUUCUCAUCUUUGACGCUUUCUCUUGAUGUGCCAUCUGUUUUUCGUUGCACGUAUUUAGACCCUUGUUUGACAAGGAUUCUCUUUUCUGAAAAGCAAGGAGGCAUGGUCAUAUGGACCUUUAUUUUGUAAUUUUCUCUUCUUUUUUCGUUUCUUCUUUUCCCCUUUGUCUUCCUUUUCUGUUUAUUUCUGCAUUGUCUUUAGCGAUGGAUAUAAUGGGCUUUUCCUUUUUAACGUCAUGAUCUAUUUCACACCUUAUGCCGGCAGAUUAAUCCUUGGAUAUUAGUUCUAGAUUGUAUUACAUUAUAUACUCAUUAUCACUUAUAUACCAGAUAGAUUGAAAUUUCGCUGUCGCUGUUGUACUGA